AUGAAGACCACCGUCGUUCUUUCCGCCGUCCUCGGCCUGCUGUCCUCGGCCUCUGCCCAUUACACCUUCGACAAGCUCCUUGUCAACGGCGCUCAGAAGGGCGGUGACAACACCUACAUUCGCAAGCACCAGAAUGGUUACAUGCCCACCAAGUUCAAGAACAUCCCCUCUGGCUCCAUCUCUCCCAACGACGCCGACUUUACCUGCAACAAGCAGGCCACGGGCGCCCCUAUGGUCAUGACCGUCAAGGCUGGAGACAAGAUCGGUCUUAAGCAGGCUUUCGGCGGCACUGGCAUGCUUCACCCCGGACCCUCCCAGGUCUAUAUGAGCCCUGUGAGCAACGCCAAGACUGACAAGGGCAGCAACUGGUACAAGGUCCACCAGUCUCUUCUCUGCAAAUCUGGAAACCCCGAGCUCCUUCGCUCCGGCGCUUGGUGCAGCUAUGGCGAGGACAACGUUUGGUUCACCGUUCCCUCCACCAUCCCCAACGGCCAGUACCUCGUUCGCGGCGAGCACAUUGGCCUCCACGGUGCCCACGACGGCCAGGCUGAGUUUUACUAUGCCUGCGCCCAGGUUGAGGUCACUGGCAACAGCGCCACCAGCAUGCCUGGCACCGCUACCAAGAUUCCUGGCGUCUACAAGCAGUCUGAUGCCCCCGUCAACUUCAGCCUUUGGGGCAGCGCGACUUCUUACCCCAAGGCUCCCGGCCCCGAUGUCAUUCCCGGUGGAACCAUCCGCGGCAGCGCCAACGGAUCUGGCGGCGACAAGACUGCGACCGUUGGCGGUGGUAGCUCAUCUUCCAAGGCCACUUCUGGCAACGGAGGCGCCUCUUCGGCUCCUGCCUGCAACAAGAACUAA